AUGGUCGCCGGAGGAGCUGUAACCAGCCAGUCGGCCGUUGGCCGCGCCGCUGCCGGCAAAGAACACGGCAUCGUAGGCAUGCUGAAGAAUCCAUACGUCUUCAUGACCUGCGCCUUCGCCAGCAUCGGCUGCUGCAUGUAUGGAUACGAUCAGGGCGUCAUGUCCUCGAUCCUGGUGAUGGAGAACUUCCAAGCCCAGUUCCCCGACCUGAUGGGCUCAACCAUCCAGGGCUGGCUCGUCGCUGCCCUCGAGCUUGGUGCCUGGGCGGGCGCCCUUUUCUGCGGCUGGCUGGCCGAUUCCAUCUCGCGGAAAUACGCUAUGAUGGUUGCCGUUAUCAUCUUCACUGCAGGCACGUGCCUACAAUUCGCCGCCACCAAGUCCGACCACCUUUUCGCCGGCCGUGUCAUUGGAGGUUUUGGUAUCGGCAUGUUCUCCAUGGUUAUUCCGCUCUACCAAGCUGAAAUAGCGCCCCCUGAGCUCCGCGGUGGUCUCGUGUCUCUGCAGCAGCUUUCGAUUACGAUCGGUACUGCGGUUGCUUUCUGGCUGGACUACGGAAUGCACUUCGUUGGCGGUAGCGAGUGCAAGCCAUAUGGUGUUCCGGAGGCCGAUUGGUACCUCGAGGACGGCUCCUUCAACUACAAUGCCGCUCAUGGUCAUCUUUGCUCGGGAGAAAAAGACAUCUCGUGGAGAUUUCCCCUGGCACUCCAGCUCAUCUUCGCCUGGACACUCUUUGUUGGCAUGUUCUUCCUACCUUUCAGCCCGCGUUGGCUUGCAAUGAAACACCGUGACGAGGACUGCUUGUCUGCCCUGUCCAAACUGCGACGACUCACACCCGAGGACCCGGUUCUGCGAACUGAAUUCCUCGAGAUCAAAGCCGCAGUCAUGUUCGACGAUGAGGUUGAGUCGGAGCUGGCCCAGAAUGGCCGCUUUGGCACCUGGAAGCCAAUGUUCCAGAUGAACAUGUUGAAGCGUGUUGCAAUCGGUGUCUGGAUCAUGAUCUUCCAACAAUUUACUGGUAUCAACUCCGUUCUCUACUAUGCACCUCAGAUUUUCGCAACAUUUGGCUUCACGGACACCACCACAACGCUCCUCGCUACCGGAGUUACUGGAAUUUUACAAGUUCUAUUUACUUUCCCCGCCGUACUCUAUCUUGACAAGUUUGGCCGCAAGACCUUUCUUAUGGCGGGUGCCAUCGGAAUGAUGGCAUGCCACGUCGUUGUCGCCGCGGUCGAAGGUUCCUUCGAGGACGACUGGCCGUCACACCGCGCCGGCGGCUGGGUCGCCAUCGUAUUCAUCUGGCUCUUUGCCGUAAACUUCGCCUAUAGCUGGGGACCCGUGUCGUGGGUCCUGGCCCAAGAGAUUUUCCCAAACUCCCUUCGGUCUCGGGGUGUUUCAAUUGUCGCUUCCACCAACUGGAUGUUCAACUUUGUCAUUGGUCUUACAACUAAAGACAUGCUGGCAUCGAUGAAGUACGGAACUUACAUAUUUUUCGCGUGCUUCUGCGCCAUGGGCACUUUGUUUGUUUGGAAGAUGGUUCCGGAGACCAAGGACAAAACGCUGGAAGAGCUCGAUAUCUACUUUGGUGGCGACGAUACCACUAUUGCUCAGGAAGACAAAGCUAGGAUGGACCGGAUCUAUGCGCAACUCGGGUUAUCUGGUGUUGAGCGGCCGGAAGACUUAGCGGAGAAGGACAUUGCCGGUGUACAGCACCUUGAUUCUGACUCUGUAACGCCUCCCAGCAAAGCGUAA